UCCAGCCACAGAAGCAAAUAAAAAACUAGAUAGACCAACUACUCAGUUAUUUCUACCUACAUUUUCCAAUCCUCCGAAUGAACCUACAUCUAAAGAAACACCGGGUUCAUUAACACAACAGAACUUAAACAAGCUAGGCAAACAGACUCAGGUACAGUACUCUUUACCAGCAAGACAAAUAGCUUCAAGGACAUAUCAUCAAUCAGCUCAUGAGGGGAAUGAAUCAGCAAUGGUAAACCCUGCAGGAAAAUUACACAAUGUGCCUACAGUGAACGUAAUAAUGUCAACAUCUAGCAUGUUAACCACUAGCACACCAAGUGUUUCAUCCACCAGCAAACCAAGUAUGUUAGCUUCUACUACAACAAAAUCAAACAUGCCUUCAGAUAACAAGCCUGGUGUGUCUACAGUAAACAAAUAUUCAGUUGUGACAUCUGAGACAACAAAGGCAAAAGAAAGAUCUCCAGAAAUACAAAAGCCUUCAACAGCAAACACUAACGUUUUGUUUGAAAAAGCACAGAAUCAGGACCAGCCUUUAUUCAAAUUAAACCCCAACAUCACAGCCUUGAAGAAAAAACCAGGGACAGACAGUUCCACACCACCUAAAGACCUCCAGACUUCAUCCAAUGUCAACACCCCAAAAAGUUUCUUGUCCAUGUUUGGAAACUUUGAUAAGGAGACUUCUGAUGAAGAAGAAACAGCACCGAGUUCCAUUUUUAAGCUGUUUAACUUCAGUGGCAACACAAGGGACAAGAAUGAAAACAGUCCACAGCCCUCACAGACCCCAUUUGGGAAGUUCAUGGACACACCAGACUCUGAUACUGAUAGUGAAAAGGGUCCAACAAGUUUGUUUAACUUGUUUCAUAAAACUGGCAACUGGGAGUCAGGGGAGUCUGGAUUCACUAUCAACUUUAAUGCAGAGAAAGAUGGAGCUAAUGCAGGAGGGAGUACCUUGUUUCAAGAGGAAGAUGGCACAGACAAGAAAGGUUUGUUCAACUUUGGUGCGGCUGAUGAUAGCUUUGAUGGGGAGAGACCAAUGUUUAAUUUAUUUUAAAUAAAACUAUUGCAUUCAAUUUUUAUUAUUUUAGUCAUAGAAAUUGUAAUUUUUAUUAGGAACUGAAUGAAACACCUCAUUGUGUCAUAAGUAAUUUGAUUGUGUUCUUUCUGUGUUAGUCAUUCCCUCCCAAAAUUAAUCAUAUCGAAUAGGACACAAGAAGUUAAAUUACUAAGACAGCACUUGUUAGAAUUUGCUUUGUUCUUUGAUAAUGGCUGAAAAUGUUUUUUAAGUUUUUAUACAUAAUUCAUUAAAAAAGAAUUUUUAAGUUGUUAGCUUUUUGUAUUUAUUCAGGUAAAAUAUUGCUUUAUUUUAUAAGCAGCCAAAACUUGCUAAAAUAAUAGCAUUAUGUGUAC